GGUUUGAUUUUAUAAAGCCUUUCUUUAUGUUUUUCUACCUUCCUGCACCAUCCAAGAUUGCAGCCUUUGGCCAAUUUAGAUUCCAGCCCCUCAGUGAAGGGGGUCUGGCCAAGCAGCUCCUUUUAUCCACAGCCUGCUUGGAAAUACCCUGGCUGUUUGAUUGGAGCCAAGGAGUCAGCAAAGAACCUCAAGAAGACAACUUGGAUCAUGGCCAGAAGAUAAAAAAAAGAAAACAAAAAGAAUGUGGCAUAUAAAGGGUGUAAUACCUGGAGGUAUUGGAUCUGACUCAUAUUUAUAAAAAUGAGACGAGCUUUCACAAAACACAAGUUAUCUGAGACAGUCAUCAAGCUUGGAGCCAUCAUGCUGUUGAACUAGAAAUUCUCCUUUUCCCCAUUCUCCUUUCUGACAGGUAACAAAGGAUUGGUGAAUUAUGAUUUUCCCAAGUUGGAAGCACUAAUUUUUAUCUAUAUAGUUCAUCCUUAUGAAUAUAUAAGGAGUUAAACAUUGCAUAUUUAAUGUGGAUUAUAAUGGGAAAGUGACUCAUUAACCAAAAUGGCCACUUUUGAGGACUUGGUUUCAAACUGAGCUGGAGCCUCCCGAUGCACUUUGUAGGAUUUGGGGGAAGCUGUGCUGCAGGGCCUGCUCUGGGAGGCCAGGAUGACAUGUAGUGAGAGGAUAUCACCUUCCUGUUGAUAUCUCUGAAGACUCCUAACCAGAAACAGGAAAAUGAAUGGUGGCAAGGAGUGUGACGGAGGGGACACGGAUGGAGGGCCACCAGCAGUGCAAGUUCCCGUUGGUUGGCAGCGGAGGGUGGACCAAAGUGGAGUUCUGUACAUCAGUCCCAGUGGGUCUUUAUUAUCCUGCUUGGAGCAGGUGAAGACUUACUUGCUGACUGAUGGAACGUGCAAGUGUGGCCUAGAAUGUCCUCUUGUUCUUCCCAAGGUCUUUAAUUUUGAUCCUGGAGCUGCUGUGAAGCAGAGAACUGCUGAAGAUGUUAAAGCGGACGAAGAUGUCACCAAACUAUGCAUUCACAAAAGGAAAAUUAUUGCUGUGGCUACACUUCACAAAAGCAUGGAAGCACCACAUCCUUCACUGGUUCUAACUAGUCCUGGUGGUGGAACAAGUGCAACGCCAGUAGUUCCCACCCGAGCAGCAACUCCAAGGUCGAUGAGGAAUAAAUCACAUGAAGGAAUUACAAAUUCUGUGAUGCCGGAAUGUAAGACUCCUUUCAAGUUGAUGAUGGGGGCAUCUAAUGCCAUGGGUAGGCUUUAUGUGCAAGAAAUGGCUGGAAGCCAGCAAGCAGAGCUCCAUCCUGCCUAUCCCAGGCAGAGGUUGGGGAGCAAUGAACUGGGGCAGAAGUCUCCGUACCGCGGCAGCCACGGGGGGAUGCCCAGCCCGGCCUCCUCGGGGUCGCAGAUCUACGGGGACGGCUCCAUCUCGCCCAGGACCGACCCGCUCGGGAGCCCCGACGUCUUCACGAGGAACAAUCCCAGUUUUCACGGAGCGCCCAACUCCAGUCCCAUCCACAUGACCAGGACGCCUCUGUCCCCGCCGUCGGUCAUGCUCCACGGCUCUCCCAUACAGUCAUCCUGUGCCAUGGCUGGAAGGACUAAUAUACCUCUUUCCCCCACCCUGACCACCAAGAGCCCAGUCAUGAAAAAACCCCUGUGUAACUUUUCGGCCGGUAUGGAAAUACCACGAGCAAUGUUCCACCAUAAACCCCCCCAAGGCCCACCCCCGCCUCCUCCACCGCCUUCUUGUGCUCUUCAGAAAAAGCCAUUAACAUCCGAGAAGGAUCCGCUUGGCAUUCUGGACCCCAUUCCCAGCAAGCCGCCGAACCAGAACCCCGUGAUCAUGAACCCCACCACGUUCCACUCGAGUGUCCACUCUCAGGUACCCGUGAUGAAUGUAAGCAUGCCCCCCGCCGUGGUGCCCCUGCCCAGCAACCUGCCCCUGCCCACCGUCAAACCCGCCCACAUCAACCAUGGCGCUCACGUCCAAAGGGUUCAGCACUCGGCGUCCACGUCGCUGUCCCCGUCGCCGGUGACGUCCCCCGUUCACGCCAUGGCGCCCGGCAUGGCGAGGAUCGAGGCUUCUCCCCAAAGAUCGCGUUCUUCUUCCACCUCGUCCGAUCACGGAAACUUCCUGCUGCCUCCCGUGGGGUCGUCCUGUAGCGGUAUCAAAGUCCCUCCCAGGUCCCCGAGGUCAACCAUAGGGUCGCCGAGGCCAUCCAUGCCAUCCAGCCCUUCCACCAAGCACGACGGACUCAGUCAGUACAAGGACAUCCCCAACCCGUUAAUUGCUGGAAUGAGUAACGUGUUAAAUCCUCCCAACAACGCCGUUUUUCCCGCUGCGUCGGCCGGAAGCGGUUCCUUGAAGAGUCAGCCUGGUUUGCUGGGAAUGCCUUUAAAUCAGAUCUUGAACCAGCACAACGCUGCCUCUUUUCCAGCAAGCAGUUUACUCUCAGCAGCAGCCAAAGCACAGCUAGCAAAUCAAAAUAAACUUGCUGGUAACAACAAUAACAGCAGUAGCAAUUCUGGACCUGUUGCCAGCGGCGGCAGCACCGAAGGACACAGCACUUUAAAUCCCAUGUUCCCUCCUGCUGCCAACGUGCUCCUCCCCACCACGGAAGGGCAGAGCGGCCGGGCAGCACUGAGAGAUAAAUUGAUGUCUCAGCAAAAGGAUCCUCUGAGGAAAAGGAAGCAGCCCACCACCACGGUGCUGAGCUUGCUGAGGCAGUCUCAGCUGGACAGCUCUGGCCUUCCCAAAGCCGGCUCCGAUUUGAUCAGAAAGCCAAGUCAAAGCUCCUUCCCCAUCAGCUCCAUGUCGCAGCUCCUGCAGUCCAUGAGUUGUCAGAGCUCCCACGGGAGCAGCAAUAGUUCCUCGGGCUGCGGGGGCUCCGGCGGAAUGAAUGCUGUUAAAACCCCCUCUCCAAGAACUUUAAGGGAAGUACAGGUGCACAGUGCCAUAAUCUCCAAUGGGGCAUGGCACAGAGCGCCUCAUGGCAGAUCCAUUCCUGUUUUUCCAGUGCUCCAGUUUGAUCCCCCAGCCCCUUUUCCCAUGGCUGGUUGGGGUGAUUGUGGUGCUGUGAGCCCCGGGGUGUCCCCAGCACAGCACCCCGCUGACAUUGCUGCUCUUCCCGUUGCAGGGGCUUUGGGCCCGUCGUCAUCGAUCGCCAUCGCCGGGGCCAGCCAAGCUGCCAUCACCAAGACCACGUCAGUGCUCCAGGACGGUGUCAUUGUCACCACGGCAGCUGGGACCCCUCUGCAGCAGGGCCAGCUGCCCAUGGGGGGCGAGUUCCCCUUCGCCGGCCACGAACACUCGCUCCACUUCCCGCAGAACAGCUCCUCAAACAACAACCUGCCGCAUCCUCUGAACCAGAACCUCCUCAACUCCCUGCCUCUCUCUCUGCCGGUGAAUCAGCAACAUCUCCUGAACCAGAACCUCCUGAACAUCCUCCAGCCUUCAGCAGGAGAAGGCAAGUCUGAGGUGAACCUCAACCCGUUGGGUUUCCUGAACCCGAACGUCAAUGCUGCUUUAGCGUUCCUCUCCGGCGACGUGGACGGGCAGGUCCUGCAGCCCGUGCACUUCCAGCUGCUGGCGGCGCUGCUCCAGAACCAGGCGCAGGCGNCCAGGGCAUUAUUCCUUGUUAAAUUCCUUGUUUAUCCCAGUGUAAAGUGCACUUGGUUCAUGGUGAAAGCCACAUACUCAAAAAUAAAACAGAAAGGAAAAAAACCCAAACCAAUGGAUGGAGCUGCAUCACUGGCUGAUGGAUUUGAUUGGCUGUUUGCCUGUGCUUGCCUUGCAGGGGAAAUGUCAUCUCUGAACACUACUCUGAACAACCAUCAGCUCAGCCAUCUCCAGUCACUCCUCAGCAACAAUCAGAUGUUUCCUGCAAAUAAUCAGCAGCAGCAGCAGCAGCAGCAGCAGCAGCAGCACCUUCUCCAGGGCUACCAGAGCGUGCAGGGCUUUCAGGGCCAGCCCCAAAUCCCUGGCCCAGCCAACAACCCAAACCCCAUGGCGUGUCUGUUCCAGAAUUUCCAGGUGAGGAUGCAGGAAGACGCCGCCGUCCUCAACAAAAGGAUGAUCAGCCAGAUGGGCAUGGCGCCGCUUCCCGAGAGCUCCAACGCUCUCCUUCCUCCCUUCCAGGAGCCCCCCUGCGAGCUGCAGCAGAGACCUGACCCCUCCCUGGGCCCGCAGGCCAAGGACGCCCCCGGCAGCGCCGCGGGCGACGCCUCGGUGGACGCCAUCUACAAGGCGGUGGUGGACGCGGCCAGCAAGGGCGUGCCGGUGGUGAUCACCACGGCCGGCUCCAGCGCCGCGCAGCCGAGCCCCAUCCCCGCCCUGAGUGCCAUGAGUGCCUUCACAGCCUCCAUCGGGGACCCCCUGAACCUGAACCUGUGCGGGGCCGUGCACGAGGGGCGCGCCCGGGGCGGCCGCGGCGCGCGGGGCCCCAAGAACGCGGCCGAGCACGGCAAGGGCGGCCCCGGCGAGGGGGACGGCUACGAGUAUUACAAAACGCCCAAAAAGCAGUGGGAAGGGGAGCAGAGCCCCGGGGGGGAGAUGGGCAGGUGGAAAUGCGAGGAGUUCCUGGAGCAGCACUCGGGCCACGUCCACGGCAGCCCGUGCCACGAGAGGCCCAACAACGCCUCGGCGCUGCUGCAGGGGGAGCAGCACCAGGCCCUGCUGGCGCCGCGGAACUGUCAGAGCGAGAAGGCGCUGGAGGAGAAUUUCAGGUAUAACAAUUACAAAAGAACUAUGAUGAGCUUCAAGGAAAGGCUGGAGAACACUGUGGAACGAUGUGCACACAUCAACGGGAACCGCCCGCAGCCCAACAGGGCCUUCGGGGAAUUGCUCAACGCUUCCAAACAAGACCUGAUCCUGGAAGAGCAAUCCCCCAGCUCCUCCAAUAGCUUGGAGAGUUCCUUAGUGAAAGACUACAUCCAUUACAAUGGAGAUUUUAAUGCCAAAAGCAUUAACGGGUGCGUGCCCAGCCCCUCGGAUGCUAAGAGCAUCAGCAGCGAGGAGGAGCUGCGGAACCCCGAGUCGCCCUCGUCCCACGAGCUCAUCCACUACAGGCCCAGGACGUUUAACGUGGGCGACUUGGUCUGGGGCCAGAUCAAAGGACUCACCUCCUGGCCUGGCAAACUUGGCAGAGAGGAAGAGGUUCACAAUUCAUGCCAACAGAACGCUGAGGAGGGGAAGGUGGAGCCCGAGAAGCUGAAGACACUAACGGAGGGGCUGGAGGCGUUCAGCCGCGCCAGGAAAAGGAACAGGAAGAGUGGAAAGCUAAAUAACCAUUUAGAAGCUGCUAUACACGAGGCCAUGAGUGAACUAGACAAAAUGUCUGGGAAUGUCCACCAAAUCCCGCAGGGAGACAGACAAGUGAAGCCUCCAAAGCUCAAGAGGAGGAAGAUCUCUAGAUAACAUUGAAUGUCUUUGUUACUGGUCCAGUCCUUAUCGCAGUGAGCGUGCACAUGAGUGUGUCUGUAGGUAUUGAUCCCAGCUGGCUCUGUCAGUGUUUCUGGGAGCUCGCUGCCACGGCAGGGCACCACGAGGAGCAGUGGUUCCACAUUUGGGGUGCUCAGGAGGGAUAGAGGUUGCUGGAUAAGCCAAUCAGAAAUCGUGAAAGGUUGCAGUAACAAUGUCAGAUGAUUACUGAAAUUUUUUUUUUUUUUUUCUAUAAUACUAAAAAAAAAAAUUGUGAUUAUAAGAAAUAGUCCAAAUGUUUCUGAGAAAUUUUCAUUGUGUAUAUAGAUAAUACAGAAUUUCAUGGUGAUAUCUGAACUGUAAAUAUUGUACAAUAUUGUCAUGUACAAGCGUACCUAAUGCACACUUUAUCUUUUAUUGUACAAAAAAUAGUGUACAAAAUUCUUUGGUUUCUAUUGAGUACACAUACAAGAGACUACCAGUGUAAAGUGAUAAAUAAAAAUACAGCCUAAAUGCUUUUAUAUGAUAAUGUAAAA